CUUCUGUUCACUAAAGCAAAUCAGCAGAAAUGGUUUUCACCACGACCGACAGGAAGCCUUCGCUGAAAGGUGUGUUGCUGGUGAUCCUGCUGAUGACUAAUAUGUUCCUGUCAAGAAAGUUUGUAACAUCUUCGCCCAUCUGUCCCAAUGGUUCUGACAGUUGUCAGGUCUCCCUCGGGGAUCUUUUUGACCGUGCUGUCAAACUCUCACAUUACAUCCACUCCCUUUCUGCUGAAAUAUUCAAUGAAUUUGACGAACGCUAUGCUCAGGGCCGAGGAUUUAUUGCAAAAGCCGUUAACAGCUGCCAUACUUCUUCCCUCACCACUCCUGAAGACAAAGAGCAAGCCCAGCAAAUUCAUCACGAGGACCUGUUAAAUUUAGUGCUGAGUGUCCUCCGCUCCUGGAAUGACCCUCUGCUCCAUCUGGUGUCUGAAGUGCAAAGAAUCAAAGAAGUUCCAGACACAAUUCUCUGGAAGGCUGUGGAGAUUGAGGCACAAAACAAACGGCUUCUGGAAGGGAUGGAGAGAAUAGUUGGGCGGGUUCAUCCAGCUGAUUUAGGUAAUGAAGUCUAUUCUAGAUGGCCAGGACUCCCAGCCCUUCAGCUGGCUGAUGAAGAUUCUCGUCUUUUUGCUUUUUAUAAUCUGUUGCACUGUUUGCGUCGGGACUCCCACAAAAUUGACAACUACCUGAAACUCUUGAAAUGUCGCCUUAUUCAUGACAGUAACUGUUGAGCAACUUUGGUUAAAAUUGUAGCAUUAAAUCCACUGCAAAUCACCUGCUUUUAGCUUUAUGCCUUUUCACUGCACAGGGCAUCUUUUAUAGAAAAUCCUGCUGCUUGGAACAAGAUUUAUAGCCACAUUAUGCACAUUUUUCUUUGGUUUUGGAUGUAAACACCCCCUCAGUGUCUGAAAACCCUAAGAAGUAUCAUUCUUUUCUGCUGUCAUUUACUGUUUUAUUGAUAUGUCAUAGGAAUAUUCAAA